UGGAAUUCUGAGUCUUACUAAAUUCAUAGUGAAAAAAAACUGCCGCUUUACCUGUUUCCUGCACGUUGCAGCAAAAUCCACUCGGGCGAAAGGUGUCGUUUGUCUGGAAAUCCACCUGGCAGGCGUGUCCCGGUUUCCCUCUGGACACGCUGCACACUCUGACGCCGUCCGAGCGCUACAAACGGCAGAUUGACUAGACUGCGGCUGCAACGGAUGAUGAAGCUGACUCUCAGACGGAUAAUCCGAUACCUUUGUAAUGAGAGUUAGGCAGGAUCUGUCAUUCCGGGGCGGUCGUCUCCACCGACCUGACCGGAAACCUGUGUGCUCUAGGUGAACCGCACGCACGCCAGUAUCGGCCGCUGCUCCGGUGUCCGCCUCACAAAGAUUCUUGCCAAUUUACUUCUGUGAUUGGCAACAAUGGCGACGACUUCCUCGCCGGAAGCCAGCUUCCUCGAGCGUGCGAGAGGUGGGAACGAUGACGGCGAUGGCCAGGAGACGAUGGAAAUUCUGAUGGAGAUAUCAACGCUACUGGACACCGGUUUGGACAGGGCCACUCUACAGAUUUUGGUGGAGCUUGUCGAGCAAGGUGUGCAUCCAGAGGCACUGUCUCGUGUUGUGCUCGAGAUGAGGCGAGAAUUACAGGCAGUGCGGGAGAAGGAGGAGAGGUCAGAGAGGAACAAUCCCAUUAAGGACUGACCGACCCAGCUGACGUUCGCUUCCCCGUGUAUCUCUGCGACGGACUUAUGAAUGUCACUGCUGCUAUGCUUACGCCUGGACCAGUAUAUUGGGUGAACUCGAUAUGCUGGUAAUAUUAGCAGGCCGUGGUGACUUUUCUAGAGGGUAGUGGCGUAGGUGUUGCUGCUGCGUGUGAGCCCAAGGGAAAGCACCCUACAAUCCCUCAGAAAUGAGGGAAUAACGACAAAGGGAAUUUCGCCUUCUGUGCACACCGUCCGUGGUUGACGGCGAAGGACAGACGCCGACCUUCAGGCGUUGCCAAAAGAGAGAUUCGUGGAGCCAUUACGAGGCCGGAGUAGCUCCCUUUUAUGCGAAGGAGAAGAGGCGGAGAUCUAUGAAUCGACAACUCACAGAAAAACUGCGAAGAUAAACUGCAUGUCGGGCAAAUGCAAGCUGGUGGCCGCCAACUCAAGAGGAGCAUAUUAGUCUAGAAGACAUCAUUCUGUCACCAGCAUCAUCGUGGCUUCUCUGUCUGACAAAGAGGCGUUUUGAAGAAUCGUGGCUGAGCGCAUAAGGGAAACAGAGCACGGCAAACCCAGUGACGACCGCCGCUGUGUCUACUCGGGAAUCAUUACCACUUGCUUACGAAGAAAGGCGUCGAGGGCAUCAGUUGCCGUACAGGCAAGUCGGUAGGCUUUAGAGUAAAUUCAUUUUGCAUUGUCGUGUCCAGCGGCAGCUUCCCGGUUUAUCACUGUGACACGUCACACAGACUGAUUUUAGGGUUUACCUGCUCUAGUCCUAUUGGCUACAACAGCUCGAUAGCAAAUGCAACAAGACCUGUAACGGCUGAACUCAUGAGCACCCCGCCGGUUGAGCUCGACUCCUCAGUCUUUGUGGAAAUAGCUGCCUGUCUUGUUGGAGCGCAUUUGCUCCGUCGGCAGCCUGUGUAAUAAGAUAGACUGCCAUGUUCGUGUACGCUUGCAUUUCAAUGCACCCCGAACUGUUGAAACUUACUUUUCAGAGCUGGUACCAUACCUCUUCAAAGCAAAGCGUCAUUUUCCGGUGUCUGAAAAUGCGUCCGAGCGAUCGGCAUUCUUCUAUGGAAAGUUGCCUCCUCCCUACAACGAGCUGGCAUCGAUGGACCCUGGUAUACGUCUUUGUUUACGGGAGCCAAGUUCUGUUGUGCUUUUCAUGAGCCUCAUGUGAGGUUCGUUAUGUAUUGUGGAAUCCAGCGUAUAUCUGGAAACGUCGGUCCGACCCUUCACAUGUCCGUGUAAAACUUCUUAAAAAGCAAUUAUCAUUGAAUCGGAUACUGCCCAACAGUAAGGCCCUCAGAAGUUACGUCAGAGACGAGCGGCAUCGGUAGCUCGUAUCCAUCCACAACUCCAGC